GUGCAAGGAGACACGCAAACGGAUCGGGGGGCAAGACAAAGUAGACAUUGCGCCCGGAAAUAUAACUACCGUUCUCGAGGCCGAUGAUGUGAUCGGUACUUUCCGAGCGUGGACACUGCCAUUCUGGAGUUAAGCUGGCAGUGACCUAUGUCCUAUGGCGCAGACCCUUUAUGCCGCAGCUGGCGCGGCCAAUAACAAUUUCCCUGCUGAUACCAGUGCUUUUACUGCGAAACCAAUCGAGGACUUCGGUUCAUCUCGUCUUGCCCAACUCAUAGCACUCGCUGAAGCCGAGUUUGAGCAGAGAGUCGCUCCUAGACCAUCCCAGGAGGAUGUUAUGCUGGAACCUAUACUCGCUCCAAUCGCGAGUUAUCACCAUCAUAGCGAAUACAACCGUUCCAAACUCGGCUCCAAUCCCGCUCGUAUUUGUGGAUAUAUUCCUCUGAGUAUCCAAUUCCCAAGCCACGUCAAGCUCUUGCGCGAGAAACAGGCUAGCAUGAUGUCAAACAGAGUGUUCUACUCCGCCUCGCAGGUUAAACCUGACCCUGAAAAUGCUCACGCCGUUACUCCGUCCCAAAGUCUGCGGUCACCCUUGAUUUCAGUUGACCGCAAGCCGCGUAGCGCGGAGGUAGAAACGCCUCCACUUCCUUAUAAAUCUCUUGAACCCGAGACAAUACCUUCGUCCGAUUCCUUGGAUCAUCUAGCUGCUGUGCCAGGUUUUCUUGAAACCAAGUUAUCGUUGACUUCCAGGCAGGUGAUUUCCCAUGCACAGCCAUGCUUGGGGCAAUCGAUUUCUGGGCCAAGGCGUGCAUCGCAGGAUCUGUCAGACGUGACGGACCUCUCAACACCCAAGACUUCAUUCACGCAUCCAAUUAAUGUUGCCACAUUAAUACCAUGGGAGCUUCUCCCCCAAGUCGCUCAGAAACUGACUGCAAAUCCUUUCUCCAAGCCUAUCAUAUUUACACUUCCACCUGGAGAGACGCUGCUCGCGUACCUAAUGAACCAGUCCACUGCACAUUCUACAAAUGCAACCACCAUUACAUUGACUACACUCAAUCAGCUUCAGCACGUUUCAAAGCAGGCUGUUCCGGAGCUUUCAAUUUCCUCAAUGAUGCAGAGUCCCAGCACUUUCUUUCAACAAGCUUGGAAUGCCGUUCUUCCUAAUGCGUUCAGAGCUGGUGCAGCCGAAUCACCCAUCACAAACACCGCAAGCCAUCCAGGUCGCAUGUCGAUGAUGCUGCCAUCUGGGCCAGUCGCGUUAGCCCGCUCUUUGGCUGGACGCGCUGAACAUAGACGCACAAUGUCAAUCGCUACCAGGGAACUGGGCAAUUUGCUGAUCUCUUCUUGUCCAGGAAAGAAAGUCAGACUGAACGGUGAACACAAAACUGGACGACAGGCGAUUUGCCGCGAUUUGGCAGUUGACCUAACUCGGAUGAAGAGUUUGGGCGUAUGUUGCAUCGUUUGUUGCCUUGAUGACGAUGAAUUGGACCUCUGCCUGGGGCUUGACGUUCUUCGUAUCCCUAUGCCGGAGGGCCUUUGCCCACUCAAUCCCGCGUAUCUUGAUGAACAGAUCGAGAAAAUCAUCAGGAACUAUACUCUUCGCGGUUUGAAUGUCCUGACUCAUUGUCGUGGUGGGGUUGGAAGGGUAAGUAGCCCCACUACACUAUCCUUUCUUCAGUGACUACGUCUGACUUUUCAUUUUAUAGGCAGGGUUGUUCGCAUGCUGUUGGAGCAUCAAGUUAGGUUUAUGUGGUCCCAUCAUAAGUGCCGACGCACCACCACCAGGGUAUGUUCGCCGUGACGCUCUCGCAAUGGUGGAAAUCGCAGUUGGUUGCGUUCGCGUUCGAAGAAGUUUAAAAGCUAUCGAAACCUACGAACAGGUCAA